UUUUAGUAGUCUUUAUCUUGAAGUGACCCAUCAAGCUGCUAGAAACUGAUAAGAACCGCAAGGGUCAGUGGGUGUUCCGCAGCCAUUUUGUUCAGUGACAUCUUGGUCGCCAUCUCUUUUAGUCGUCUUUGUGGUUAAUCUCACUUUCUCUGUUAACUCCUUUUUUGUACUUUGACUUUGCGAUUUCAUGGUGCUGUCCAGUGCAUUGAAUUUGGAUAUCAGUUCCAUUUUCUCUAACGGCUCAAUUAUUUCGAGCCCUAAACCUGAAGCUUUCAAUACUCAAUCGGUAAAAGAUUUCAUCUUUACCGUGUGUAAAGCUUGUGAAGAGAAAAUGGCAGCCAUACCACCAUCCGCUUUCUCAGCCGCUCGUAUUCGAGAAACGCAGCGAGAUAUGAAAGUUUCUAACAUAAAAAAAGGAGUGGAACCUAUGAAGUUUUUCAACACUAAAUUAAUGGAGCUGACGCCGCUCAAAUACAACAGCAAGUUGAUGAAUAGCAUUUGGGGGUUUUAUAACCGCUAUUCGCCGCACAAUGUUAAGAAAAUCAAUGAUGCAUUUACUUUCAAUCCGGAAUUGCAGCAAUCUGCUGCUAAUUCCGCCAACAAGAACGAAGCGAAGAUUACAUUGCCACCUUCGAAGCUGGAUAAUGUAUGGGCUACAAUUAAUGUUUCUCAAUCUCAUUAAUAUUACAUUAUGUAUUAACAAUGUACAUUAUAUAGAUCAUUAUACUCCUAUUCAUUGUACAAUAAAUUUUUAUGUAAGCAA